AUGAAGACCACGCAGUCAAGUGGAAUAGUCAAUAUUACUCUCCAUUCGACUUACAGGCCACUCCACGUGAAUGUCCAAGUUCACGUGUUGAGGAAGGUUACAACCAACCUUCCCACUGAUCCACUACCUUCAGUAUCCCUACCACCUCAUCUGGAAAAACUGAAUCUCGCAGACCCUCAGUUUCUCCUAUCCAAACCAGUGGAUCUCAUUCUCGGUGCAGACGUCUACGGGCAAAUUAUCAAGCCCAAUAUCAUCCGACACUCGUCCACUCAGCUCAUCGCUCAGCUGUCAAUCUUUGGAUGGCUUGUCAUCGGGCCCAUUGAAGGUUCUCAGACUACUCGGAGGACCAUUCAUCAGGUGUCGGUCAAUAACACCGAUUGCCAGCUGAGUGAGUUAUUCAGUCGAUUCUGGACGCAGGAAGAACCACCACAGGACACGACACCUUUGCUCACUCCAGAAGAGCAAGAGUGUGAGUAUCAUUUCGAGACCACGCAUUCAAGAGAUUCUGAAGGACGCUACAUCGUACGAUUGCCGCUCAAGAUCCAUCCCCGAGCACUUGGCAACUCCUAUCAGACUGCUCAUCAUUGCCUUCAGAGGAUGCUCAGAGGACUCACCAAGGACGCCCAGUACAAUCAGCUGUACACCAAGUUCAUACGUGAAUACGAAGAACUUGGUCAUAUGGUAAGACGAAACCAUGACUCAAUAAUUAGUCCGUUUCAGUACUUUCUUCCACACCAUGGCGUUCUGAAGUUGGAUAGCACAACCACCGCUUUACGUGUGGUCUUCAAUGGCUCCAGUUCAACGUCCUCAGGCUACUCAUUGAAUGAUCUUCUUCACGCAGGCCCCAAUCUCAUGCUGAACAUCGCGGAUCUGCUCAUUUGUAUACGCAGAUACAAGCAUCUUUUUGCAACGGACAUCACCAAGAUGUAUCGCCGAAUCAAAGUACAUUCUGACGAUUGGGGUUUGCAUCAGAUACUCUGGAUUGACGACGCAAAUCGGGAAACGCAGUUUCAACUCACCACGGUCACGUAUGAAACGAAAGCUGCACCGUUCCUGGCUGUCAGAACACUCUUGCAACUUGCUGAAGAUGAAGGAUCGAAGUACCCUCUUACUGUGGAGCCCAUAAAAAAUGGCAGGUAUGUCGAUGACAUUUUUGGUGGUGCGGAUACAGCUGAUCAUCUCAUUGAAGUUGCAACUCAGUUAACGCAGCUUUGCCACGCUGGUGGUUUUCCACUGGCCAAGUGA